AUGGGUUUGUCGCAAAGUACUGAUAAUGCUAAAUGCGUUGAAAAAAUGGAAUUAGUCGAAGCAAGCGGAAAAGGAAGUUGUUCAGCUGCAAAAGGAAGCACUAAAGAGGUUGAAGUUGACGAUGUUCAGAGAUUGUUACUCAUGGUUCUGAAAAUGGCUGACAACCACUUGGAAAUGGAUUUAAGUCAUUGUAACUCUGCCAUUCAUUUUUAUAUGUCAGCUAAGUGUAUCAGAGAGUUGUUGAUGGGUUUUCAUUGCCUUGACGUGUCUACUCUACAAGUUUGGAGCACGUAUAUUCAUCGUCUAUGUAUUGAUAAUUCCACAUCAGAAGUGUAUGGAAUUAUGGAUCCUGCUAUGUGUAUAUAUAAUGAUGAUGUGCCGAAAUCUUUAGUAGAUGUUAGGAAAUACGUACAAGAAAAGUUGAUGUCGCAAAACAAAGUUUGCUACUUACUACCACUUGUUCAUGCAGAACAUUGGCAAUUAUUUGUCUUGUGUCCAAGAGAGAAUACUGUGGUCUUCUUUUGUUCACUUAAUUGGGAUGUUGAUAAAAACACGAAGAAAAUUAUUUCAACUGCUUUUGAGGUUCAUCAAAUUUCAAAUGGCAAUAGAAAAAAGGCUAUUACAUGA